AUGCAUCGAACAAAACAACAAAAUAAUUUGAAAUGGAUUAGUUUGAUAUCACUGAUCUUUCAAACAACGGGUAUUGUACUUUUCCUACGUUAUUCACGUACAAAAAUAGAUGUACCAUAUGUUUCAUCAACAGCUAUUGUUGCUUCUGAAUUUAUAAAAGGAUUAAUUUGUGUCGUUCUUGUUUGGAUUGAAAAUGAUUGUUCAUUCAGUCGAUUAAUUCGUAAAUUAACUGAUGAAAUCUAUAAUAAACCAACUGAAACUGUAAAAUUAGCAAUACCAAGUGGUUUAUAUGCAAUACAAAAUAAUCUUUUAUUUAUUGCUUUAUCCUAUCUGAAUGCGGCAACUUAUCAAGUUACUUAUCAAUUAAAAAUUUUAACAACAGCACUUUGUUCAGUAUUUAUGCUUCGGAAAAGAAUUGAUAAACAUCAAUGGUUUUCUCUAUGUAUGCUUGCACUUGGUGUUGCAUUUGUAACGUGGCCAUCAUCAGAUGAAGUUAAUAAACGUACAUCAUCACAAGUUCAAAGAUCUUGGUUACAACAAUUUAUGGGUUUUGGUGCUGUUUUAAUGGCUACAUUGACAUCAGGUUUUGCUGGUGUUUAUUUCGAAAAAAUUCUUAAAACAGGACCGACUUCCGUUUGGAUGCGAAACAUUCAAUUAGCGAUAUUUGGAACUAUAUUUGGUUUAGUAAUUGUUUAUAUUUUUGAUUAUGAUGCAGUAAUGGAAAAAGGAUUUUUUCAAGGAUAUUCAACGAUUGUAUGGAUUGUAGUUUUUCUUCAAGCAAUUGGUGGUUUAAUAAUAGCUGCUGUGAUUAAAUAUGCUGAUAAUAUUAUAAAAGGUUUUGCAACUUCUCUUUCAAUUAUUCUUUCAUCUGUUGUUUCAUAUUUUGUUCUAAAUGAUUUUAACCCAUCAUUAUUCUUUUUUAUGGGAACAAUAUUAGUUAUAAGUGCUACAUUUCUUUAUGGAUGGGAAAGAAAAGUUAAAGUAACACCAAACAAUGAUCAACAACGUAUUUAA